AUGCCCCAACAAGACGACGAGCCUCACCCCAAUGGUAAUGGCCACACUGUCUCAGAAACCUCGCCUCUCCUCACCAAGAUCCGCUCCACGGAAGUCGUUCUCGAUGGUGCUGCUCCAGAAGGUCCCUUGGCUGCGCCCUCCAACGGGACAUUCGAUCCCAGCGACAACAGCAAUGGCGACGCCCUCGAGAGACAAACCUCUGCCGUGGACCGCCAGAAGCAGUACGAAGGCAUGCCCGAGGUGAAAGCCAAAUUGAAAUACAUCUUUCCCGCCGUGGCCAUUGGAGUCUUCAUGUCGGCUGCGGAUCAGACUAUCAUCGUCAGCAGCAAGGAAGGCAUUGGGUCUGAAUUGAAGGCGUUGAACAUGACGAGCUGGAUUGCCACGGCUUAUUUUCUGACGUUGACGAGCUUUCAGCCGCUUUAUGGGAAGCUGAGUGAUAUAUUUGGCCGGAAGGCAUGUCUCUUGUUUGGCUAUACGAUUUUUGGGUUGGGAUGUUUAGGAUGUGGGUUGGCGCAGAAUAUGGAGCAGUUGAUCGCUGCACGAGCUUUUGCGGGCAUUGGCGGCAGUGCCAUGACUACCGUUCUGUCUAUCCUACUUUCCGACGUCUGCACUUUGAGGGAGCGAGGCACCUGGCAAGGCUACAUCAACAUCGUCUGGGCAACAGGAGCCAGUGCAGGAGCACCACUAGGAGGCAUUGCAGCUGAUUAUAUCGGCUGGAGAUGGGCCUUCUUAAUUCAAGCGCCCUUGUCCGCGGUCGCCUUCAUUGCGGUCUUUUUUGCGCUCAACAUACCGAGCAAUCAAGAAGACAACGAUUGGCGAAAGAAUCUGCGCCGGAUCGACUUUCUCGGAGCUACUGUCCUCAUUGCUGCGGUCUUCUCCUUCCUCCUGGCGAUGGAUCGUGGUAGCAACGUAAGCUGGAGGGUUCCAAUUGCGUACGUCCCACUGGCUAUCUCGGUCCCACUCUUCAUCGUGUUCGUGCUUGUUGAGAUGAAAGUGGCCGUUGAGCCUUUUGCUCCAGCCCACAUCAUCUUCAAUCGCACGACGCUUGCCUGCUAUCUUGCCAACUUCUUCAGUCUGGCAGGAUGGAUGGCUGCGACCUUCUACAUUCCAUUGUACUUCCAGGCUGUGGACCACGUAAGUGCUACUGGAGCUGGCCUUCGAUUGAUUCCUGGUGUGGUGGUCGGUGUUCUUGGUAGCCUCCAUGCCGGCUAUUACAUGCAAAGGACUGGGCGCUUCUACUGGCUGACAGUGGCAUCGUACGCGCUGACUGUGGUAGCGCUAGUUGCAAUUUUCUUGUUCUCCGGGAUAGUCGCCAACAGCUCCUUGGCCAUCAUCAUUGCAAUGGCCGUCGGUGGAUUUGGUAAUGGCAACGGAAUCACAACCACGCUGAUCGGUGUCAUUGCGAAUGCAUCACAUGAGGAUCAAGCGGUAGCAACAGCAUGCAGCUAUCUCUUCCGUUCGCUGGGCAGCGUCUUUGGAAUAUCCAUUUCUGCGACAGUAGCGAACCAGUCGCUGCGGAACAGCCUCGCGAAGGAGUUGCCAGCUCUGGGCUUGCCAGAAGACGAGGCCAUUGACAUUGCGGACAAGGUACGGCAGAGUCUGCGGUAUCUGAAAGAGUUAGACCCGAAGAUCAGAGGCGUGGUGGAGUAUUGCUUUGCGCGUAGUACCAAUGCUGCGUUUGGGCUGCAGAUUGCGCUUGUAGCUGGUGCUGCGAUCAGUGCAUGGUUCAUUCGGGAAAAGAAGUUGAGCAAGUAA